ACUGUGUUCCGUUCCUUCAGUUCAGUCUAACUCACAUUUCUUGUCCAGUUUCAGUUCAGUCACUGCAACAAAUGCAUCCACACAUUCCCCAUCGUAUCCUUCGUUCAAUUCUCUCAUCAACUCUCAAACCAAUCCAUCUACGCCCAUUCUCCUCAUGGUUAUCCCAACCCGGAAACCCACUCAUCAACUGGCCCUCCCUCCCAUCCAAACCAACUCCAAUCCCAACCCUAAACCCAAACCCAAAUUCAAAACCCGAAUCCUCCCAACCCACUUUCUCCCCUAACGAUUUCACUCUCAUUUCAACUCUCUUCACCAACCCAUCCAUCUCACCCGGUUCAUCUCUCCUCACCAACCUAACCCAAACCGGAAUCAAACCUACUCCCCCUCUCCUCCACGCUGUCUUCGACCAUUUCGCUUCGUCGCCGAAGCUACUUCAUUCGCUUUAUCUCUGGGCUCUAAAUCAACCCGGGUUUAAACCUGAUUCGAGUUUGUUUGAUUCCGUAAUCAAUGCUCUUGCGAAAAUGAAGGAGUUUGACGAUGCUUGGAGUCUUGUUCUUGAUCGUAUUCGUAGAGAUGAUGAUGAUGAUGAGAAAUUGGUUUCUGUUGGGACUUUUGCUAUCAUCAUUCGACGAUAUGCCAGAGCAGGUAUGCACAAGGCUGCUAUUAGGACGUUUGAGUUUGCAAAAGAUAAGAAGUCCAUUGUGGAUUCCGUGUCAGAAAUGAGUUUAUUUGAGAUAUUAAUUGAUUCACUCUGCAAAGAAGGGUCUGCAAGGGAAGCUUCAGAGUACUUGCUUAGGAGAAAGGAGACAGACCUGGGUUGGGUUCCUUCAAUUCGUGUUUAUAACAUAAUGUUAAAUGGAUGGUUUCGAGCAAGGAAACUCAAACACGCUGAGAGACUUUGGGAAGAGAUGAAGAACGAGAAUGUGAGACCGAGUGUUGUGACAUAUGGUACCCUUGUGGAAGGAUACUGUCGGAUGCGCCGUGUUGAAAAGGCGCUUGAGAUGGUUGGUGAAAUGACCAAAGAGGGAAUUAAACCAAAUGCAAUUGUAUAUAACCCCAUCAUUGAUGCAUUGGCAGAAGCUGGGAGAUUUAAAGAGGCUUUGGGUAUGAUGGAGCGUUUUCAUGUUUUGCAAAUAGGUCCUACUCUUUCAACUUACAAUUCUCUCGUGAAGGGUUUUUGUAAGGCAGGAGAUAUUGAAGGUGCUAGUAAAAUUCUUAAAAAGAUGAUAAGUCGAGGUUUCCUUCCAAUCCCCACUACCUAUAAUUACUUUUUUAGGUACUUUUCAAGAUGCGGAAAAGUUGAUGAAGGGAUGAACCUGUAUACCAAGAUGAUUGAAUCUGGACAUAACCCGGAUCGUCUAACUUACCAUCUUGUGUUAAAGAUGUUAUGUGAAGAGGAGAAGUUAGAGUUGGCAGUUCAAGUCAGCAUGGAAAUGAGGCAUAAAGGAUAUGACAUGGACUUGGCUACGAGUACCAUGUUAACUCAUUUGCUGUGCAAAAUGCACAAGUUGGAAGAGGCUUUUGCAGAAUUUGAGGACAUGAUAAGAAGAGGUAUUAUUCCUCAAUAUCUUACAUUUCAAAAAUUGAAUGUUGAGUUAAAGAAACAAGGUAUGAAUGAAAUGGCUCGAAAGCUUUGCCACUUGAUGUCGUCUGUUCCCUAUUCUGACAAAUUGCCAAAUACAUAUGGUGAAGUCAGAGAUGAUGCACAUGCACGUAGGAAAUCUAUAAUUCAGAAAGCCAAAGCAGUUUCUGAAUUGCUGAAGGACCCCAAAGAACUUGAUAAGUUUAGAAGUUCAUCAGAAGAUGCUGUCUCAAGUUUGAAUAAGUUUGAAUAAGAUGAACUUGCCAAAUACAUAAGAUGAACAUCUGCGAUUUCAGUACGAUCAGGGAGGCAGUUGUGACCAGUUUGAAACACAUGGGAAUCAGAGGGUUUUGUACAAAAAUGUCUGCUGUUCUUUCCUAUGCUCUUGGUAGGCAUCACAGCAGUAGUCACCGAUCUACUGUUGUGUAACAGACACUAGCAUAUGCAAAUUAAACAGAGUUCUUUAUGCCGAAAAUAGUUCCUUGGCUAAAAUUGGAUAUUUGUCAAUGGAGAUGGCAGCAACUGAAGUUAAAUUCAUCAGUUAAAGUGGCCUUAUAGAGGUUGUGGCGUGAUUAACCUUUGUUUUUAGUUGGAGCCAUGCAUAAUCUGGAAGAUGUGACUGAAGAUCAAUACCUCUAUUGGGAAUUUUGCUUUUUGCUGAUAAUUUCCUAACCUGGCUUUAUGUCUCAGGUCAACUUUCUUGUGUACUUUAUUUUUGCCGUUGGAGGAGCUCAGUAAACACUUCUACUGCCAUGUGUUUCCAUCACAAAAGGGUGAUUAGAUCCCAGUAGUAUCCAGAUGGACCAGACUGAAGGGGUUGUUUAGGUGAAAUUUGUUAUAUCUUGUCUUUCAUUACUUAGAUGAUACUGAUACAUUUGCCGGGUGUCCAAGGAUAACCACGUAGCAUGAUUGUCCUUGCGAAUGAAGCCUAGUUUAUGGAAUUUUGAUACUUGUUCUUCCACGAAAGUUUGCUUCUAUAGAGCGAUCAUUGUGUUCUUUAGUGGCAUGAGUUUGAAUUUAGAGUCAUUCAUCAAUCUAUGAGAGCAAAAGUUGGGGUCCAAACCUGGCAUUCAUUAAUAUACGGCAACAAGUAUUUAUUUCUUUAAGAACAUUAAUUUAUCUGUCCAUACUCUUCCCUUUUGAGUUCCAAACCAAACGUUUGUAAUGUUUUCCAUUUUUGUUGUAGAGGAGUUGCAACUUGGAAGUCACCAUUCUAUCAAUAUCUGGAUGCUUCUUAUGUUACUAGAAUAUGUUGUUCCCGUUAUAUUCUAUAGAUCACUUUGGCCCUUGUUUGAACAAACCUUUUGGGAAUUAUCUUAUGGCUAGUAAAACAAAAUGUUGGCUGAGGUUCUUCGGUUGACAUGACAGAGACACUUGUAUGUAAACAUGACCAAUUAUGAUUGUAGAAAUCAGGGGAUUAUCAUCUAA